AUGGCAGAGGUAGAUCAGGGUGAUAUGGCGGUAUUGGGUAGAGGGGCUGCGGGAGGAAAAAAGGAGGGUUGGAUAGAUGCCCGACCAUUAACGAUAAAAAAUAGAAGAGAGCGAAUGACUGAAGGAAUUAACGAAGAGUCCACCAAUGUGCGCAUGAAAGGACUGGGGUAUCGUGAAGCUAUCAAUGUAUUGCAACAUUCGCAUACACGGAAAGACUUGGGAAAGAUCAAUGAUAAGAGGAAUGAAGCAGAUUAA